AUGUCACCAAGCUACGUGAUAAAACCUAAGAAUGAUAGAGUUGGUGAAUUGUUAAGAGAUUGUUUACCAUCAAGUAACGUAUCAUGGGAGGAAACAUGCAAUCUGCUUAGAAAUUUAGCAAAGGACGAAAUUGGAUACAAAUGUAAAGAAAAUAGAAAGAUAUGGAUAUCGGACAUAACCUGGAAUUUUAUACAGGAAAGAAGUCGCUUGAAACAACAGAAAUUGGAGGACCCAAAUCUAAAACCACGAUACAACACCGUAGCAAAGGCCGUAAAGACAUCAGCCCGAAGAGACAAAAGAAAAUACAUCGAAAACAUAGCCAUUGAAGCAGAAGCAGCAGCAGGAGCGAAUAAUAUGAAAGAGCUCCACCAACUAAUAGGCCGUCUUUCGAAUCAAAAUAUGAGCCGUAACCAUGCCGUAAAGGAUACAAAUGGUCAGCUACUUACCAAUCUAGAAGAUCAAACUCGUCGAUGGAAACAACACUUCGAAGGCAUUAGUAACAUCGCUGAAGACAUCAGUGUAGAAAACCCCUCAUCUUCUUUCGUAGCAACUACAAUUGCUAACCACAUAAUAUCUGACGAUGAUCCCAGCUUCGAUGAAAUUACAUGCGCUAUUUUAAAACUUAAAAGAAACAAAGCACCAGGGGAAGAUGGCAUUUCGCCAGAGUUCCUUCAAGCUAACCCUGCAAUAUCAGCAGACAUUUUACAACCCUAUAUUCGUGAUGCUUGGGCAAAUGAACAGUUUCCUAAUACAUGGACAAAAGGAGUCAUCAUUAAGCUUCCAAAGAAAAACGAUUUGACCAACUGCGACAACUGGAGGGGCAUCACCCUGCUUAACACUAUUUACAAAAUAAUUGCUGUAAUAAAUAAUAGACUGCAGUGUGUUGAGCAGACAUUGCGAGAUGAACAGGCAGGUUUUCGGUCACAUCGGAAUUGUUUAGAUCAGACAAAUACUCUUCGUGUUAUAAUAGAAUAG